AUGGAUGCUUAUUAUGCAUAAGCAGAAUAAAAGUUGUUAAAUAUUCCAGAAGAUCAACCUGUUUGUGCUAGAUAAUGGAAUAGUUUAAUAGCAAUUAAUUAUCCCGCCAGAGAUGCAGGGAUUAAAAGAGGAAUGUUAAGUGAAGAGGCAAUCAAAUUAUGUCCUAAUGUGAUGUUGCCACAUGUGGAAACAUUCAAAGUUAUUGAUGGCAAAAUGGUAUUUUCAACACUCAAAGAUAAAUACAUUUAACAUAAUCAAUAUGAAGAGAAAGUGAGUCUUCGAUAUUAUAGAUAAGAGAGCAAAUUGAUAUUUGCAACAAUUAAAAGAUUUUGUAAUUGUGUUGAAAAGGGAGGAACAGAUGAAGGUUAUAUUUAAAUUAGUGAAAAAGAAUUAGAAAACAUAGAGACUUAGCAAUUCUAUGGUCAUUUAAUGAAAGAAUUACCUGAUGAAUAUUAAUUAACAGAAUAAGAUUAUUUAUUAAUGAGAGCAUCUUUAUUAUGUUAGAAUAUAAGAGAUGCUAUAUAUACAGAAACAAAAUAUAAAUGUAGUGCAGGAAUUUCAUUUAAUAAAAUGUUAGCUAAAUUAGCAUCAGCUACUAACAAACCCAAUAAAUAGACUAUUAUUUUGGAAUGUAUGCUACCUGAAUGUAUAUCUAAUAUAAGCAUUAAAAAAAUUAGAGGAUUUGGAGGUAAAGUAUAAGAAACACUCCUUGAAAGUGGAUUAAAAACAGUUGGAUAAGCUUAAUCAUUAUCAAUUUAUGAACUUUAAUCUUUAUUUGGAGAUAAAGCUUAAUAUAUUUAUGAUAAAUUAAGAGGAUAUGAUGAUGAAAUAGUCAAAAAAGAAGUAGAUUUAAAAAAUAAAUCUAUUUUAUCAUUAAAAAAUAUAAAGAAGACUUCUUCAAGAGAAGUCAUUAUACAGUCUCUAGAACUUAUAAUACAUGAUAUUACUAUGAGAGUAACUGAUUAUUAUGAGGACUCCAAUCUAGUACCAUCUGUUUUAGUUAUUCAUUAUCAUAAUGUUGAAAAAGGAUCACAUUAAAAAAGUGAACCUAUUUAUCUUACAUUACCUAUUGAAAGUUUUAGAUUAACCAUCGAAGAAAGAGUUCAUUCUAUUUUAAAUUAAAUUUAGGAUAAUGAAUUAUUCCCUUUAAUUCAUAUUGGAAUAAGUUGUAGAUACUUUAAACCUAUGAUUCAAGGUAUAUAGAAUCCUAUUACAAUGUUUUUUAAAAAGACUUUAGAAUAAUAAGAGUAUGAGAAAUAAGCAAAAUUAGCAGAAAUGUAAGAAAAAAUUAUAUCUCCUGAUGAUUAUUAUAGUUGUUAAAUUUGUGGAUAAGAGAUAAUGAAAAAAGAUAAAGAAGCCCAUGAUGAUUUUCAUAUUGCUGAAAAUUUAGACAAAGAAAUGAAUCCAAAGAAAAGAAAAUAUAAGAGUUAAUAAUAAUAAUAAUAAUAAAAUAAUAGUAAUUAAUAAAGUAAUGUAAAUUCAAAAUCAAAAAGUAAAUAAAAAGGUUUAACGUCAAUUUUAUAAUUCUUAAAAAAAUAAUGA